GGUCACCUAACCAACUGAGCCACUCGGGCACGCCAAAACUCACCGUAUCUGUAUAUAAGAUAGGUUGCAAGCAGGCUUUUUUGCCCACAUGAAGGUUUGGAAGGACACUGGGAAAAUUGCGCAGGAUGGAGGACAGUUUUUUAUGGUGAACCAUUCUGUGCCUUACAAGAGGUCCAGGUGUCUGCUCGCUGUGUCUUAAAUGUUAUUAGUGUCCCCUCAGUCUUGUGACACCCCAAAUCCCCACACAAAUUUCCAAUCUGUUCUUGGAAAACCACUGAGUUAUUCAAGUAACAGUUUUUGCCACCAUGCAUGUGUGGUGGGGAGGCACAGUGUGGUGAACAGACACAGCCCCUGCCCUCGUGAGGCGGGGUCUAGUAUGAGAAAAUACCCAGAUGUUAAUCGUGUAAUAUGAUAAAUAGCUUGAUGAUAGAGGCAGCACAGAUCAGGCUUAGGAACACAUGGAAACCCAGCCAACUAGCAGGUGGUCCGAUGGCCUGAAAAAGACAACCUAAGAAACAGCAUUGGAGCUAAGCCUUUAAAGACCAUCACAUAGGAAAGGGUGGUGUGCCAAGCAGAGGGACCAGGACGAUUAAAACAGGCCCAGGGUCCCCGGCACGCCGUAGAUACCCAAAUGCUGUCAGUGGAUAGAGGGAUGAUUGAAUGAGACCCAGCAUAUUUGCUGGCUAGGAGCCAUUCCCCGCUGUAUCAUAAACUGUUAAAAGUUGGGGGGAAUAGCUGCUUCUCGGUUCUGCCCAGAGCCCAAGACUGAGGUGGGGCUCGCAGAAGGUGGCAGCGGCAAAGGUCCCAGACGCAGAGAAAGUGUUGUGUGGUCCUGGCCUGGGGGUGACUUCCAGGAAGUGGAUCUCCAAUUCUGCUCUCCCAGAGGGCAGCUGCUAAAAAUAUGACUGCUGUGCUGCUUCAGUGUUAGAAAAAGCAGGGCAGAGUUGGCCUCUUACUUUCAUAUCUGCUCUUCAUGCAUGAUCCUGGAAACAGUGACUUGUUUUUGACAGAUGGUACCUGCUGAGGACUGUCCCAAGAUAAAAAAUCUCCCCGAGUGUGUGCAGGGGAAGGCCACAGACAAAGGGGUCUGUUCCCCCAGUGGGUCUAAAGGGGUUCAGAGCCAGUCUCCCUCUCCCCCUGGGACAAUCCCUGUUCCUUUUGAGGGUAUCAUUUCUGCUCCAAAGACUAGACUAGGGCAAGGGUCUGGAGCAGCCUGCCUUCAGGAGCCAAGCAGGAAGUGUAAAUUGCCAGCUGGAAACUUUGGGAACCGAGAAUACACAGGCAGCCCCGUCUAAGAGGCAGAGAUUGCAAUGCGGCCUGGACUGGGCGUUGCCAUGCACGAUCUCUGCUCUCGCGUUGCCAGCUGUUUUUGAUUUUUUUUUCAAUACAAAUUAGAAGUGAAGAAUCUUAUUUUCCCAGACUUUAAAAGGUCGGCACUAGCUCAAACUUGAAAAAACAAAAAACGAGACUGAGAGGUGAGUGAAACAUAUUUGGGACCCCUGGUCUUCAUGUCCAUCCUAGGAAGGUGGUGUCAUCAGGACAUCAGAACAGCUGUACACAGUAAAGGGGUGCCUGGGGUGGUCACAGGAACUGAGUGGGCUGUGUGCCAGGGGUGAUGGGACACCAGUCCCGCCUGCCCAGGUGCAAAUCCUCUGGGCAUCUUCCCUGAGUGACCCACAGGGGCCAAGGUCGUCCUCAUCCAUCACUGCUCCUUCUCCUUCUGCACCUGCUGCCUUGACCCUUCACUCACACCAUUCCUUCUAAUUUGGCAUCAAAUCCCUUCUCUCCCACAUCCCACCCCUAAGCCCCAGGCUGUUGUGCAGACCUCCCCACCUUCCCGCCUCUCCCCAGGGGCUACAACAUCUGCCGGUGGGCCUUGCCUCCUCUCUGGUUGUUCUCCACAUAGCAGCCAAUAGGCCUUCUGCGUGAGCCUGGGAUGUCUUACCCCUGCUUCAAGCCCCCUGGUGGCUCCCCACUGCUCUCAGUAUCUAGCCCACAUUCCCUGAAGUGGCCCACAUGGACUUCUGAUUCCUCCAGAGGUUGGAACUGGUAGCUCACAGGCCAGAUGCAAACAGAUUUUAUUUGACCUUGCCGAGUACUUCAUACAUUCAAAUUGGGCUACUGCCUAAAUGCAAAACUCAAGACACUGCAUUUCAUGAGAUCAGAGGUUUACAAGGAGAAGAGUGGAAGCCCAGGCUAAGAUCAAGGCUGGAAAUGGGUGGUAUACAGUAGGAGCUCAACUACCCAGAGAUGAAGAGGGGUGUGGAGGGUGGGGGAGGGAUUCUCAAGUACCCUGUUGCCUUUCUGUUGUAACUAAGACCCCACCUACUUUAACCCUGGACUGAAUUCUGUGUAGCUGUGGGAUGGUGUUGUGCACACCCCUAACAAAGGCCAGGUAUGCAGAAGGUACUCGCUAUGAACCUGCCAAAUUGAACUUGGAUCCUGAGUGAUCAGACCUCAUAAGCCCGCCUGACCUUUGAGACAUGACUGGGAAGGACUUGGCCCCUAGUCCUCCUCUUCCUGGCCCAUACAGCCCAGAGUCAGGUGAACAUGGUGGGAUGGAAUUUUGCAAGGGCGGCGAUCACGGGCUUGGGAACAAAACAGACUUGGGUUCAAACUCAGCUCCCCCAUCUCUAAAACGGGGACAAUGCCUUCCCGAUAAUCUUUCUCAUCCUGGGAGUCCUGAGUGUCACACAUGGAUGGGAGGUAGAUGCCCAUGCUUUCUGUCACCCCUCCUCACCCUCUGUGCCCUGUAGAGUGUUCCAAGGAGCAGCCAUGUCCACGCUGUACCCAUCUCUGGAGGACCUAAAGAUGGACCAAGCCAUUCAGGCCCAGGCCAGAGCUGCGCCCAGGAUGCCUGCCCUGCCAGUCUCCCAGCCUUCAGUUUUGUACCCAAGCCUGGCGGAAUUGGAAAAUUAUAUGGGUCUUUCCCUCUCCAGCCAAGAAGUCCAGCAGAACCUGCUUCAGAUUCCAGAAGGUGCUAGUAUGGUGGGCUCUGGCCCCUGGCUGGGCCAGCUGGUGGCACCGGUGUCUGGGAACAGCCAAGGUGCGCGGCGUGCAGAGAUCAAGCCUGGAAUGCGCGAGAUCCACCUGUGCAAGGACGAGUGUGGCAAGACGGGCCUGCGGCUAAGGGCCAUCGACCAGGGGCUCUUUGUGCAGCUGGUGAAGGCCAACAGCCCUGCGUCUCUCGUGGGGCUGCGCUUUGGAGAUCAGAUCCUGCAGAUUGACGGGUGUGACUGUGCCGGCUGGAGCACAGACAGAGCCCACCGGGUGUUGAAGAGGGCAUCGGCCGAGAAGAUCGUCAUGGUCGUUCGGGACAGGCCGUUCCAGCGGACCGUCACCAUGCACAAGGACAGCACGGGCCACGUCGGCUUCGUCAUCAAGAAGGGAAAGGUCGUCUCUGUGGUCAGAGGGAGCUCCGCAGCCCGCAACGGGCUCCUCACCAACCACUCCGUGUGCGAGGUGAACGGGCAGAACGUCAUCGGGCUGAAGGACAAAGAGGUCACAGAGAUUCUGGCCACGGCCGGGAGCGUUGUCACCUUGACCAUCAUCCCCACCGUGAUCUACGAGCACAUGGUCAAAAAGUUGUCCCCGACCCUGCUCCACCACACCAUGGACCACUCGAUCCCAGAUGCCUGACGCCAAGGGAGGGCAGCGCGGUCCUCCCACCCUCCUGCAGAGGAGAGCAGCGUCCUGCGUCCUCCGGGUUCCAGGGGCCUGCUGCCGGGGGCGGGGCCGUCUGGAGGGGGCGUGUUCCACGCAGGGUCACGUGGGGCGGCCACCGCUACCCGGGGCCUCCGUGAGCUGGACUGAGGCCUACAGGCGGGGAUCCUCUGUGCGGGUUUAGAUGCCGGACACGUAGGCAGGUCGGCGCAACACUUCUUAAAGUUGCAGCUGGGGCCCUUGCAAGAUUUUCGCCUCCACCAGAGACACAGUUCCACGUUUUGAGAGAACAGAACUACAUUCUUUGAGAGGAUUUUUUCUUUUUCCUGUACUUGCCGUGUGUCACAAACUGGCCAGAGUCCUAAUCCUUCACUUCUUUUGAAUAAAGAUUUGAUUUUAAACAGAAGCCCUUCUUCAAAAGUAAUUGAAAAUCCCAGAAUCCUUGGUCCCGUGACCCACCAGGCCUGGUUUUCUUCUAAGCAGUGGUGAGACCGCCGCUUUUUCAAGACACAGUUCUCUGAGAGCCUGCCACCGUCACGUGCUGCCUGCGGGCCGAGGCAGGGGUGACUGGAGCCAGGGAGCGGUGCGGGGCUCUGGAGGAGGGGCACCGGCUUCGGAGCACCCCUGCUCAGCUUCUGCCGAGCAGGUACGA